AUGUGGCUCAACACGGGAACGCUCAAAGGGCUGGCGAUCCUCGCCUCGACCAUGGCCCUCCCACCCUCAACUGACGCUCAAGCCGUUCCGCCAGUCAGCCAGGAACUGGGCGUCUCUGCUUGGCCCUUUGACCUGAGCCAGGUCACGCUGAGCAGCGGCCGCUUCUUCGAUAACCAGGCCCGGACGCUGGCCUACCUGAAAUGGGUCGACGUCGAGAGACUGCUGUACAACUUCCGCAAGAACCACGGCCUGUCCACGAACAACGCCCAGGCCAAUGGCGGCUGGGACGCGCCAGACUUCCCCUUCCGGACUCACUUCCAGGGGCACUUCCUCAACGCGUGGGCGUACUGCUACGCCCAGCUGCGGGACGACGAGUGCAAGGACAGGGCGACCUACUUCGCGGCCGAGCUGAAGAAGUGCCAGGAGAACAACGACGGGGCCGGCUUCAACACGGGCUACCUCUCCGGCUUCCCCGAGUCCGAGAUCGACGCCGUCGAGAAGCGCACGCUCAACAACGGCAACGUGCCGUACUACGCCAUCCACAAGACCAUGGCCGGCCUGCUCGACGUCUGGCGGCACAUCGGCGACACCAACGCCCGCGACGUGCUCCUCGCCAUGGCGGCGUGGGUGGACCUCCGCACGGGGAAGCUCACGUACGCCCAGAUGCAGGCCAUGAUGAGCACCGAGUUCGGCGGCAUGAACGAGGUCAUGGCCGACGUCUUCCACCAGACGGGCGACGGGCGCUGGCUCGCCGUCGCCCAGCGCUUCGACCACGCCGCCGUCUUCGACCCCCUCGCCGCCAACCGCGACGGCCUCAACGGCCUGCACGCCAACACCCAGGUGCCCAAGUGGAUCGGCGCCUCGCGCGAGUACAAGGCGACGGGGGCGGCGCGGUACCGGGACAUCGCACGGAACGCGUGGAACAUGACCGUCGCCGCGCACUCGUACGCCAUCGGCGGCAACAGCCAGGCCGAGCACUUCCGGCCACCCGGCGCCAUCGCCGGCUUCCUGGACGAGGACACGUGCGAGGCGUGCAACACGUACAACAUGCUCAAGCUCACGCGGGAGCUGUGGCUGACGAGCCCGGGCACGACGACGGCGUACUUUGACUUUUACGAGCGGGCCCUCCUCAACCACCUCCUCGGCCAGCAGGACCCGUCCGACGACCACGGGCACGUCACCUACUUCACGCCGCUGAACCCGGGGGGCCGCCGGGGCGUCGGGCCCGCGUGGGGCGGCGGCACGUGGAGUACGGACUACGACUCGUUCUGGUGCUGCCAGGGGACGGGGCUCGAGACCAACACGAAGCUGACGGACUCCAUCUACUUCUACGACGCCUCGGCUCUCUACGUCAACCUCUUCAUCCCGUCUGUUCUGGAGUGGACGCAGCGCGGUGUCACCGUCACGCAGACGACGGAGUUCCCGCGGGGCGACACCACCACGCUCAAGGUCGCCGGCGCCGGCACGUGGUCGAUGCGUGUCCGCAUCCCAUCGUGGGCGUCCGGGGGGGCCCAGGUGACGGUCAACGGACAGGCGGUCAACGCGACGGCCGGCACGUACGCGUCCAUCAACCGUACCUGGGUCCCGGGCGACACGGUCGUCGUCAAGCUGCCGAUGAAGCUGCAUGUCAUACCGGCCAAUGACGACCCCAACGUCGCGGCGUUGGCGUUUGGGCCCGUCAUCCUGAGCGGAAACUACGGCAGCGAGACGCUUUCGACCACGCCUGCGCUGAACUUGACCACGGUGAGGAGGACGGGGGACUCUGGGCUGGCGUUCACGGCAACGGCGGGCGGCAAGACGGUGAAUCUCGGCCCGUUCUACGAGGCGCAUGGGUUCAACUAUAACGUGUACUGGUCUAUCGGCGGGAAGCUGCCAGCGUGA